GGUCCGCAGCAGGCCUAUAUAAGGGAGUGCAGCCAGGUUCUGAGCUACUGAAGUUUUGCAGCAAGAGGAUUCUUCGCUAUGUCUGGUCGUGGCAAGGGAGGCAAAGGCCUUGGGAAAGGCGGCGCCAAGCGCCACCGCAAGGUACUGCGCGAUAACAUCCAGGGCAUCACCAAACCCGCCAUCCGCCGCCUGGCUCGCCGCGGCGGCGUCAAGCGCAUCUCCGGCCUCAUCUACGAGGAGACGCGCGGGGUGCUGAAGGUGUUCCUGGAGAACGUGAUCCGCGACGCCGUCACCUACACGGAGCACGCCAAGCGCAAGACGGUCACCGCCAUGGACGUGGUCUACGCGCUCAAGCGUCAGGGACGCACGCUCUACGGCUUCGGCGGCUAAGCUGACUUGUUGGGGGAGUUUGUAGCAACAAAGGCCCUUUUCAGGGCCACCACUUAACCAUGUGAAGGGCUGAUGCACCUAUUUCUGAAGGUAAUUGUUUGACCUUUACGUUCUUUCAGUUAAUCCUUACAAAAAAUGUUUUGUGAGCAGUGGAAGAUGGUAAAGAAAAACCUGGUAAAUUUUAAAUUUUAAAAAGUCCUACUACCCUUGCUGUCAUAGUUCCCGCGUUCCCAGCUAUUAACAUGGCGCCUCGGGCAUGUUGAACAAAGCCUUGCCGGCCUUGCGCGGUGGAGAUGUUAACGAUGGGAAGAAACCAGAAAUGAUUGCAUGUUUAGUCUUCCAAGCGUUUCUCGGCCUUUUUGCUAAAAUCGACUGUAAUUGUCCAUGAUACUUCAGCUAGGACUUAGUUUUAUGCAACGGUUUGCCAGGUUUAAUAUUAAUGAGUAAGGUGGGCUUUCAACCGUACUGCACUUUGCACGUGGAGUGGAGGAGACAUUUUGUGUUGCCCGAACAAUACUAAGAGGAUUUGUUUAAACUACGAGCAUUUUCAUGUUUUUUAUUCCUGAACUCUCGGUAGAAGAUCUUUGAUUCGCCAUUUUGUGACUUCCCUGAAACCCUUUUACCGUCCCCAGGCUAAAGACGCAGCCAUUAACUAAGGUCACUGAAGCACAAGUGUAAACAGUUGUCACUCGUUUAAGUAACAGAAAUACCUUUGCACAUAGAAAAUUAUGUGGUUGCACAUCUAACUAGCCACAUCCACACUCCACAUGUAUUUGAUGUGUUUCAAGUCAGUGCAGACCAUUACUUUCUGUAUUUUUUCCCAUUUUGUGAAACCUGUAAGACUCAAAUAAUUAGUCAAGAUUUGCGCACCUAUAUCAUUGUGAUUAUGUAUGUAAUUCAAACGCCAACCACUCACUGAAAAUAUUCCUGCUACCGUUGCCAGUGACUAUACUGUCAAAUGCAAAAACACUAACCAUUUAAUUCGUUACACCUGAGCUUGUUUAUUACUCCUUUGACAUUUGAAGAUUUUUGCAGUUAUUUUUCUGACUUGUCCAGAUCUUACUUCUUAUUAAUUCUUUUCAGUUUGCUUUCCUGGCUUGCAUUCCUUUUAUUUUUACAAUUAUUUGUCGCUUUAUUAACUUUAUAGAUCCUACAUAUGUCUUCUCAUCCAGUGUGCUUUAAAUGGUGAGACAUCCACGCAGAGUAGAAUUGAAUAUGUCAUCCCCUUAACAAAUUCCCUAUUUCUGUGCCCUACUGUAACCAACCAGAGAUUCUUUAUAUGUCACUUGAGUGCUAACCACCUUUUGCUCUUUGCACUGCCGUCAGAGAUUUGAGCCACUUACAGACUUUAUCCUCUCAUGUGUGCCAAAAUGAACUGUAGUUCUCCGAAUAUUUGCAGAACAGCACUUCAGUUUCUGUAUCUUAUCUGACACCUGCCUGCGUCCACAACCUUGCCCCCAAUUUUGAAUUGUAAAGUUCAAGGUACUGACAAUUUGCCACAAAUGGAUCUUUUAAUAAUAAUCCUUUUAAGCCCAGUUUCUUCCAAAAGUAGCCUUCAAAUCCGUUGAGGGGUUCCGCAAGAAUGUCUCUCAGAACUUUAUGUGGUUCUCCCAGAUAGUCACUACUUAGGGUUCUCUUAUGCUACGCAAAGCACAGCCCACACAUGUGCCUACAUAGGCUUCACAGGGUUUUUUCUGAUUACAGCUGUUGAAUUAGAACACUUGUUGAUGUUUAAUGGCCGUCUCACAAUUUUUUGAGGCCUUCCUUAAACAGUGUCUUCAUUUUUGUAUCCUCAGGACCUACAAAAAUAUAUGACAGUUCUAAUGUACUCUUUAAAUGUUUGUGCAUUCAUUUUGCUCUCACUUGAAACUAGUAGGACAAAAAACUUGCAAAAUAGUGGUCAGUGCAUUUCCAUGAUAAAUUUGUGAAACUCCUAGGUUAGGGAACUGAUCAGACUAACUCACAUUCACAGCCUUUCUUACAGAUACACAUGGCCUAAAAUUCACUCCCCUAUAAUACAUUUGAAAGACCACAUCAAAAUUUAGGAGGCAAGAGAGCAGAGACUCUCCUUAGAUCUGCUGCUUCUCUUAGGAUAAGGCCAGCUUUUGGUGGUAGUAGCAGUCUAGGCUUCCAAAGUGCCCAGUUUUUCACUGACUCAACAGCGGCAAUAUUAGGUCAGUUCUACAGCACAGCUUUUGAUUUUUUUCUCUUACAGGAUUUUUCUUCUUUGAGCAUGGAUCUAUAUAAUUCUUUCAGCACUACUGCUAUAUAUUCAGUGUAUCUUUUAAUUUUUAUUAGCACAUGUUUGAAGUACAUAAUGAUUACAUUCAUCGUGGGGAGGCUGGUACUUGUGCAUAACACACCUUAGUGCUUUUGCAUCCUCUCCCCACCUCUCUCCAUCUCUUGGUCCCCUUCCCAUUUCAGUGUACCUUCAAAUAUCUCUUAUAAUGUAAGGAUCUAGAGAUUUUUUUUCUAAAGGUUGUAAUUAUUUCCUGGUAGAGGAUUGUCUACUUAUGUUUAUUAAACAACAGUGUUAAUAAAGGUUGUAACUAUUUUCUGGUA